AUGGUGUUCUCUAGCACAAGUGGAAAGAAAGAGAUAUUCAUGGAAGAACCCAAAAAAUUAGAGGAGCUCAAAGCUUUUGAUGACACAAAACAAGGUGUGAAAGGACUUGUUGAUGAAGGCAUUGCCAAGAUCCCUCGCAUAUUCCAUCACCCCCGUGAUAAUUUCAAAAGGAUAGGCGAUAAAGAUUACAUUAUUCCUGUUAUAGACCUUGGAAGAAUUGGUGAAGAUGGUAGUGAACGCAAAAGGGUGGUUGAGAGAGUCAAAGAAGCAUCAGAGACAUGGGGUUUCUUUCAGAUUGUGAACCAUGGCAUCCCUGUGAGUACUCUGAAAGAUAUGAUAGAUGGGGUGGUAAGGUUUUUUGAGCAAGAUUCUGAGGUCAAGAAGAAUUUGUAUACUCGUGAAAAUAAACCCUUUAUCUAUAAUAGCAAUUAUAAUUUAUAUUCCAAAGCUCCAACUAAUUGGAAAGACACUUUCGUGUGCAAAUUUAGUCCUAAUGCCCCUAGACCUGAAGACUUACCAUCUGUAUGCAGGGACAUACUUUUGGAGUACUCAAAUCAAGUGUCGAAAUUGGGAAGUUUAUUGUUUGAAUUAUUAUCAGAAGCUCUUGGUUUGGCUCCAACUUACUUAGAUGAUAUUGGUUGCAAUGAGGGCCUUCACGUUGUUGGCCAUUACUAUCCACCCUGUCCUGAACCAGAAUUAACUUUGGGAAUCACAAAGCAUGCUGAUGUUAAUUUCAUCACGGUUCUUCUACAAAACCAAAUAGGUGGCCUCCAAGUUCUUCAUGAGGACACGUGGAUUGAUAUACCCCCUGUACCUGAGGCUCUUGUUGUUAACAUUGGUGAUUUUAUGCAGAUUGUCUCAAAUGACAAAUUCAAGAGUGCUCAACAUAGAGUACUUGCCAACCGUGAAGGUCCAAGAGUCUCUAUUGCAAGCUUUUUUAGCACAGGUUCUCAUCCAAAUCCAAGGAUUUAUGGUCCCCUUAAGCAACUAGUAUCUGAAGACAAUCCUGCAAAAUUCAGAGAAUUUUCAAUUCCAGAGUUUGAAGCUCACUACAAAAAAUGUGCCAAUCGUACUCCUCCUCUGAUGCAUUUUAGGAUUUGA